AGAGAGAGAGAGAGAGAGAGAGAGAGGCCAUGGAGAAAGGGGACAAGGGAGGUGCAGCAGCUGCAGGCAGAUGCUUUCCAAUGGAGAUGGUGAUGCGUUUGGUGCCAAUGGCUCUGUGCAUAGCUGCGCUUGUUGUCAUGCUCAAAACUUCAGAGUCCAAUGACUAUGGUUCUCUCUCCUACUCCAACCUUGGACCUUUCAGGUAUCUGGUGGAUGCAAACGGCAUCUGUGCUGCGUAUUCUCUUCUUUCUGCAAUCUUUAGCGCCAUUCAUCGGCCCUUCACCAUGUCCAUGUCAUGGGCUUUCUUCUUCUUGGACCAGUUGUCAACCUACAUUGUGCUGGCGGCGGGGGCGGUGGCGACCGAGGCGGCGUACUUGGCGUACAAGGGCAACAAGUCCGCCGCAUGGAGCACUGCUUGUGGAUCCUUUGGUGCAUUUUGCCACAAGGCCCUUGCGUCUGUGGCCAUCUCCUUCCUUUCUGUGCUGUGCUAUGCUGCCCUUUCCCUCUUUUCCUCCUAUAGACUUUUUAGCAAGUUCCCCUCUCCCACUCAAUGCUAGCUCUAUCUAGCCCCUGUUGUUUUUUUUUUUUUAAUGACCAGAAGUCCAACUUGAGCAAGCCCUAUCUAGCCCCUGUUGUUUUUUUUGUUUUAACGACCAGAAGUCCAACUUGAGCAAGCCCUAUCUAGGUUUUAAUCAACGAAAGCAGUAAAGGUCUUGGCAUUCUGUAUCCAAGGCACACAAAGGGUAUUGGUGAACCUUGUUUCCGGGCAUAUGAGGUCAAUUUGACCUUGUGUUCUUGGGGUUCAUCUCGACUCUUUAUGUGCGUAGGAUAUAGAGUGUUGGGAAGUGUAUGUAAGAUUGCUCUUCAAUUAAUUCAUUGGACCCUUCUACAAUACAUGCAUAUUACCUGAUGUAUAUAUAUAUUCCAUUAUUCUA